UAUUCCCGCUCAAUAUUUAACUUGAGAUGAAGAACUUGUUCAGGAGAAAUGGUUUAUCUAUUAGUUAUUUAUCUUCCGUCAUGUGUCUGUGGCAAACCGGAAGUAUAUCUGCAUCGGCAACUGCUUUACUACUGACUUCCGGAGCUACCUAUUAUUAUUUAACGAAACGAUCCCUUCGGAAAAUAGACCAUAGGGAUACGAUCGUAUUAACUGGCUGUGACUCGGGCCUCGGUUACAAUCUCGCCCUUCACUGCCAUAAAAAUCUCUCGGCUAGAGUGAUUGCGGGGGUCCAUGGGAGAAAUAGUCUGGGGGCUCAGGAACUCAUAAAAAUGGGCAUCACAAUCCAGGAGAUUGAUAUCACUGAUGCUGAGAGUGUGGAACAUUUCGUGGAGAAGGUCCGGGAGUACCUGGAACGAGACAAUUUAUGUCUGAGAGCACUAGUGAAUAAUGCAGGAUCAAUGGUAUUCGGUGAGUUCGAGUGGCAGACAGACACUCAAAUUCGUCACCAAGUAGAGGUCAAUCUCCUGGGUACGAUGAGAGUAACAAAAUCGAUGCUUCCACUUCUCCGACAACACAAGAGUCGAUUGACAAUCGUCACCAGUCACUGCGCAAAAGAACCACUACCCGGUGUAUCUGCGUAUGGGGCGACCAAGGCAGCCCUGGCUGCGUGGGCAACAUCCCUCAGGAUCGAGUUGAAGAAAUUUGAAAUCGAUGUCGUCACCUUCAUCCCCGGGUCUUUCGUCAUGGAGAGCAAUCUUCUCCUGCGACAGGUUGGACAUUUCGAAGUGAUGGAGAAAGAGAUGAAGGCGGAGGCGAAAUCGGUUUAUGGAGAAUAUUUCAAUGAGUACAGAAAUUAUUUGAGACCAUUGUCGCAGCAAAAUGCUCUCAAGAGAAUCAAUAACGAGCAGAUUUACGAGACAUUUGAGAAUGUGAUUAUGGAGGAACCGGCAAGGACCAGUUACAAAUGUGAACCUUGGAGGUAUACUUACUACCACGUCCUUUUAAAAUUCGUUCCUACAAAACUUCACGACAUUCUUGUGGAGAAAUUCGUGCAGAUGCCCCCUUGGAAGCCAGUGAAAUCCAAGAAAAUGUAAAGAUAAACAUAAAAGAUAAUGAUAUCGUUCCAUGUAAUUGUGACCUAUUCUUGACGUUAUCGGUCUAAAUAUCGCACGCAUCAACUAUUUACGAAUUGCAAUCGACGUCAGGCGUAAAUAGAUCUUUCGAUAUCGAAAAUUGUCAGGAAGUUGAUGUGCCUUUGAGAAUAUUCGCGGAACAUCACAAAUUUGAUCGAAGUUCAAUUAUUUUAAGGGUAAGAUUAAUGAAAUGAUAUGUAAUGUCGAAGAGACAGUGUCGUAAUUAAUAUUGAAUAAACAAAUUUUUUAUACUGUAA